GUAUCCCUUAAAACUGUAGAGGAUUUGUCUGUAAAUUACAUACUGAAACCCAUGAUAAUGACAGUGGGUGUGCCACCAUUUGUUGCACAUUUGCAGCACAUUUUCAUGGUGGUCUUUGGUGUGUUAUUUCAUUUUCUCUUCCAGCAAAUAUUACGGCAUGCCCGUGGAAAUGCCACAAAGGUGAUAUUUCUCAUUACUGAUGGAUAUUCCAAUGGGGGAGACCCAAGACCCAUUGCAGCAUCACUGCGUGAACUUGGAGUGGAGAUCUUCACCUUUGGGAUAUGGCAGGGGAAUAUCCGAGAGCUGAAUGACAUGGCAUCCCAUCCAAAAGAAGACCAUUGUUACCUUCUUCACAGUUUUACUGAGUUUGAAGCUCUAGCACGCAGGGCUCUUCAUGAAGACCUGCCCUCUGGCAGCUAUAUCCAAGAAGACAUAUCGCAUUGUUCCUAUCUCUGUGAGGCAAAUGAAAACUGCUGCGACAUCAUGGCGAGCUGUAAGUGCGGCACUCACACUGGCCAGUUCGAGUGCAUCUGUGAAAAAGGAUACUAUGGGAAAGGACUGCAGCACGAAUGCACAGCUUGUCCACCAGGAACAUACAAGCCUGAAGGUUCACCGGGUGGAAUCAGCACUUGCAGCUCCUGUCCCGAUGAGAAUCAUACUUCUCCACCAGGCAGUACCUCCCUUGAGGACUGUACGUGCCGGGAGGGAUAUCGUGCUGUAGGACAAGCCUGUGAAGUCGUUCACUGCCCUGAACUGAAGCCCCCUGAAAAUGGUUACUUUGUCCAGAAUGUCUGCAACAAUUACUUUAAUGCUGCCUGUGGGAUCCGAUGCAAAGCAGGAUUUGAUCUUGUGGGAAGCAGUAUCCGGCUUUGUCAGCCAAAUGGUCAGUGGUCUGGAUCAGAGGCUACUUGCAGAGUUCGAACAUGUCCCAAACUUCGGGCUCCGGAAAAUGGACACAUUAAUUGUUCAACAGCAGAUGUCUCCUAUAAGACAGUAUGUUUUGUGACCUGCAACGAGGGCUAUGAAAUAGAAGGAAGUAUCAAACUCAUCUGCCAGGGAACCUCACAGUGGGAUUCGAAGGAGCCAAAAUGUGUGGAAAAGCGUUGCCCCAUCCUUCAGAUACCAGCAGGUGUAACGGUUCUCCCUCCCAAAUGUGGGCUGGAACCUGCCAUUUCUGGGACUGCCUGCCAGCUGAGCUGUCCCCCAGGAUUCAUCUUGUCUGGAGCUAGAGAAGAACUAAGGUGCAUUUCAUUUGGGAGAUGGAGUGCAAACAUCCAGGAGGCUCUGUGUAAAGAUAUUGAAGCUCCUCAGAUCCACUGUCCAGAAGAUAUUGAGACUGAGACUUUGGAACAUCAUAACUCUGCUAAUAUCAGCUGGGAGGUACCAACAGCUGAGGAUAACUCUGGAGAUGAGGCAAGUUAAAAUCUACACAUUACACUGGAGGAAGUCUUUCUAUAG